AUGAAUUUACAGCUGGCUUUCUGGAUUGGACUGCUCAGUUCAGUUUGCUGUGUGUUUGGCCAAUCAGAUAAGAACAGGUGUUUGAAAGCAAAUGCCAAGUCGUGUGGGGAAUGCAUCCAGGCAGGGCCAAACUGCGGCUGGUGCACGAAUACGACGUUUUUACAAGAAGGAAUGCCUACUUCUGCACGGUGUGAUGAUUUAGAAGCCUUGAAGAAGAAGGGCUGCCAUCCAGAUGACAUAGAAAAUCCCAGAGGCUCCAAAACGAUCAAGAAAAAUAAAAAUGUGACUAACCGGAGCAAAGGAAUCGCAGAGAAGCUGAAACUGGAAGACAUCACCCAGAUCCAGCCGCAGCAGCUGGUGCUGCAGCUGCGGUCAGGAGAGCCGCAGAGGUUUACAUUAAAAUUCAAGAGGGCUGAGGACUACCCCAUCGAUCUCUACUACCUUAUGGACCUCUCUUACUCCAUGAAAGAUGACUUGGAGAAUGUGAAAAGUCUGGGAACAGAUCUGAUGACUAAGAUGAGGGGGAUUACUUCCGACUUCCGAAUCGGCUUCGGCUCGUUUGUGGAGAAAACGGUGAUGCCUUACAUUAGUACAACCCCAGCCAAGCUCAGGAACCCAUGCACGAGCGAGCAGAACUGUACCAGUCCCUUCAGCUACAAAAACGUGCUCAGUCUUACCGACAAGGGAGAAGUGUUCAACGAGCUUGUUGGUAAACAGCGCAUAUCUGGGAAUUUGGACUCUCCAGAAGGCGGUUUUGACGCAAUCAUGCAAGUGGCGGUUUGUGGGUCCUUGAUUGGCUGGAGGAAUGUCACACGGCUGCUGGUGUUCUCCACGGACGCCGGCUUCCACUUCGCCGGAGACGGGAAACUUGGUGGCAUUGUUUUACCCAAUGAUGGCCAGUGUCACCUGGAGAACAACGUGUACACCAUGAGCCAUUAUUACGAUUACCCCUCGAUCGCUCAUCUCGUCCAGAAACUCAGUGAAAAUAACAUUCAGACGAUUUUCGCAGUUACUGAAGAAUUUCAGCCUGUUUACAAGGAGCUGAAAAACUUGAUCCCUAAGUCCGCGGUCGGAACAUUGUCUGCCAACUCGAGCAAUGUCAUUCACCUGAUCCUCGACGCGUACAACUCCCUUUCUUCAGAGGUCAUUUUGGAAAACAGCAAAUUGCCAGAAGGAGUAACUAUAAAUUACAAAUCCUACUGCAAGAACGGGGUGAACAGAACAGGGGAACAUGGAAGAAAGUGUUCCAAUAUUUCCAUUGGAGAUGAGGUUCAGUUUGAAAUUAGCAUCACUGCAAACAAAUGUCCGAAUAAGAAAUCAGAAACCAUUAAAAUCAAGCCCCUGGGCUUCACGGAGGAGGUGGAGGUCGUGCUCCAGUUCAUCUGCGAGUGCGAGUGCCAGAGCGAAGGCGUCGCCGACAGCCCCAAGUGCCACGACGGCAACGGGACGUUCGAGUGCGGUGCCUGCAGGUGCAACGACGGCCGCGUCGGCAGGCACUGCGAGUGCAGCACGGACGAGGUGAACAGCGAGGACAUGGACGCCUACUGCAGGAAGGAGAACAGCUCCGAGAUCUGCAGCAACAACGGGGAGUGCGUCUGCGGGCAGUGCUUCUGCAGGAAGAGGGACAACACCAACGAGAUUUACUCCGGCAAGUUCUGCGAGUGCGACAACUUCAACUGCGACCGGUCCAAUGGCUUGAUUUGCGGAGGCAAUGGCGUGUGCCGGUGUCGCGUGUGUGAGUGCUACCCCAACUACACCGGCAGCGCCUGCGACUGCUCUCUGGACACCGCCCCGUGUGUGGCCUCCAACGGGCAGAUCUGCAACGGCCGGGGCGUGUGCGAGUGCGGCGUGUGCAAGUGCACGGACCCCAAGUUUCAGGGGCAGACAUGCGAGACGUGCCAGACCUGCCUGGGAGUCUGUGCCGAGCACAAAGAGUGUGUUCAGUGCAGAGCCUUCAAUAAAGGAGAGAAGAAGGACAGGUGCGCCGAGGAGUGCUCCCACUUCAACCUGACCAAGGUGGAGAGUCGGGACAAGCUGCCCCAGCCGGUCCAGGUGGACCCGCUGUCCCACUGCAAGGAGAAGGACGUGGACGACUGCUGGUUCUACUUCACCUACUCAGUGAAUGGCAACAACGAAGCCAUCGUGCACGUGGUGGAGACCCCAGACUGCCCCACAGGCCCAGACAUCAUUCCCAUCGUUGCUGGUGUGGUUGCUGGCAUCGUCCUCAUUGGCCUCGCGUUACUGCUGAUCUGGAAGCUUUUAAUGAUAAUUCAUGACAGAAGGGAAUUCGCUAAAUUUGAAAAGGAGAAAAUGAAUGCCAAAUGGGACACGGGUGAAAAUCCUAUUUAUAAGAGUGCCGUGACGACUGUGGUCAAUCCAAAGUAUGAGGGAAAAUGAGUACUACCUUUUCAGAUUUCACAACACUGAAUGCAAAGUAGCAAUUUUCAUAGCCACAGUAAAGUAGCUUAGGGCACUAUUGCCAUGGUUUUUUUCAUGUGCAAGUUUUGAAAGUGUAUAAUAUGUAUAAUUUUAAAUUUUUUUUUAUUAUUUUGAAAAUAAUGUUAUAAUCCAUGCCAGGGACUGACAAAAGACUUGAGACAGGAUCAUUAUUCUUGUCAGCUAAGGUCACAUGGUGCCUUUUUGACCUUUUCUUCCUGGACUUUUGAGAUCAAGCUCUUACUGAAUUAAGUGAUAUUUCGAGGGUGAUUGAAAGGUCCAUAGUUAAAGACCACGAUGAGUUUCUGUCAAUCAUGUAUUGAAACCAAUUUUUAGUUUUACAGAUAUGUCAGUUUUCAGCUAUACAGAAUCCACAGUAACUGUCUCGCUAGCUCGUUUAGGAUCGUUUUCAGCCUAUUACUUCGCUGUUUGCCUGUUAGACAUGACUGGUGACAUAUCUGAAAGAUGAAUGUGCUGAGGGUUCCUGGUGUGACACCCUUUUGAAAUCUACAGAGGCCAUGGGGAAAAUUCAGAGAGUUAGGAAGGAAAAACAAAUAGCUUUAAAACCUGUGUGCCAUUUUAAGAGUUACUCCGUCUUGGUAACUUGUAUGCCUUUUCUUUAUAAAUUCAAGCCUUGGAUAAAAAUGAACGGGGAAAUUUUCUGCUAAAGAGUCCUUGAUUUAGCACUAUUUACCCAAAGGCCAUAAUUCACAUAGCAUUUGCUGAAUGGGGACCUUUUGAGUUGGACUUUUAUUCGAUUGUUAUUUUUUAAUACCUGGUGCUUUUCGUCACCUCCUCUAAUCUCUUCAUGUCUUUGCAGUUCGGGGUAAGACUUUCUUGUUAUCAGUUCUUUCUGCCUUCGCCUUUUCCGUGAACGCGCGAAGCCGCCCUGUGGCCUGCACAGCGCAGUCAGUCCCUCAGCGAUCUCACCUCCUGCGGGCCUGACGGACACUGUGUAUUCACUUCUCACUCUGGGGGCUGCCCGUCUUGUUUCAUGCUAGUCACGUUCUUGUUUUAAGUGCCUUUUAAUUUUAACAGUUCACUUUUUACAACGCUGUUUACUGAAGUUAUUUAUUAAAUAAAAAUGCCUAAAAUACUUCAAUUGAAUUG